AUGUUUCUUAUCAGUUUUUUCUUUUAUCUAUUCCUUUUUUCCUUUCUCUUAAGUCUUUCUUUUUCUUUUUCUUCCUUCUUUCCUUCCUUUAUUUUCUUUCUUCCUUUCCUUUCUUCCUUCCUUCUUUUCAUCCCCUCUUUUCCUUCCUUCGUUCUUUGUUUGUUUUUUCUUUCUUUUUUUUUGUUUGUUUCUUUCUUUCUUUCUUUCUUUCUUUCUUUCUCUACCAUUAUUUCUUUCUUUCUUUCCUUACCAUUCUUUCUUCCUUUCCUUACCAGUCUUUCCUUAUCAGUUUUUCUUUCUUUCUUUUUUUCUUUCUUUCUUUCUUUCUUUACCAUUAUUUCUUUCUUCCUUUCCUUAUCAGUCUUUCCUUAUCAGUCUUUUUUCUUUUUUCUUUCUUUUUUUUUUCUUUCUUUCUUUACCAUUAUUUCUUUCUUCCUUUCCUUAUUCUUUCAUUUUCUUCCUUUUUCUUUUAGUCUUUCUUUCUUUCUUUACCAGUCUUUCCUUAUCAGUUUUUCUUUCUUUCUUUCUUUCUUUCUUUCUUUCUUUCUUUCCUUUCUUACCAUUCUUUCUUCCUUUCCUUACCAGUCUUUUCUUAUCAGUCUUUUCUUUCUUUCUUUCUUUACCAUUAUUUCUUUCUUCCUUUCCUUACCAUUCUUUCAUCCUUUCCUUACCAGGCUUUCAUUACCAGUCUUUCCUUACCAGUCUUUCUUUCUUUCUUUACCAGUCUUUCCUUAUCAGUUUUUCUUUCUUUCUUUCUUUCUUUCUUUCUUUUUUUCUUUCUUUCUUUCUUUACCAUUUCUUUCUUUUCUUCUUUUUCAUUCUUUCAUCCUUUUUACCAGGCUUUUUAAGUCUUUUUACCAGUCUUUCUUUCUUUCUUUUCUUCUCUUUUGUUUUAAUUUUCCGCUAUUAAUUACUUAA